GAAGCGUUUGAGAGAGCUCCAAGGAAAUGUGUGAGCGAAAUCUUCUGAAUUCUGGCUAUGUUGGUUCACUGUUAAAUUUUCAGACCCCGGAGUCGUUAUAUUUUUCCAACUUGCGGGGCAAUGGAGCUCAUCUCCCUGGGCUGCCUCAGCUCUCACACAACAGGCGAGAGGUGUGCUCGCCCCCGUGGACUUCCCCAAGUUCGUGCACAUCUCCGUCUCAGAGCCGCGCCUUCAGUGGCUACUCUCCGCAGAUUCUAUCCAAUUCAACGCCUGUAAAUACUAAUCCUAACCACCACAACAAGGGACCACUUGACGAGUCCAGUAAAUACUACUUUCAGGAUGUAAAUCACAAGUUAGAAGAACCUGCAAGAGAUGCUCAGGGCUUUUCUAGUGGACAUGGAGUUGUCAGUUCCUCUACUUUUAAGUAUGAAUUUUCGAACUUGGACAGACGGUCACAUAAUUCCCGUGGAUAUCAUCAACUGAAUCCCAACAACCAGGCAAUUGCCGCAGCCACCAAGCAGUCCAACAAUUCAAUUGCCCCAAUUCAGACAUCUUCAAGUAGGCUUACUGUAUGUGCCAGAACGUUGUUUUCUGAUGGUGCACCCUGGUGCUCCUCUCAAAUGAAAUCCAGAAAGAAAAGAAAACCAUAUUCAAAGCCACAGCUUGCUGAACUCGAAAACGAAUUUAUGACGAACGAAUUCAUAAACAGGCAGAAAAGAAAGGAACUCUCUGACAGACUGGAACUGAGUGAUCAGCAAGUUAAAAUAUGGUUUCAGAACCGUAGAAUGAAGAAGAAGAGGCUGAUGAUGCGUGAGCAUGCAUUCUCCAUUUACUGAGAGCCUUGGGUCUUGACAAUGACCUGGUGUGUCUGACAAGCAAAACCACUUCAAACCUCAGUCCGGAGCCACUCAGUCAUCUUGGCAUUAAGAUUAAUUUACUUUUUUGACAUUGUAAAUUGUCGAUACUUUUGGCCUUGUAAAUAAUUAGUUAGUUCGCAUUAUUUAUUUUCGGAAAGUCACGUAUUUUACUUGUGUUUUGAGUAUUUUGUAAAGCAUGCCAUUUGUGUUAAUCGUAUAAAUAAAUAUAUUUAAACGUUAAACGACCCACUUAGGCUACUGUUUCUGAGCGUUGAAUGAAAGAGUUAAAGGGAGUCGUAGGCUACAUACAGUUUUUAGAGGUUCAUUACGAAGCCAACGAAACUUUUUUGUUUAAUAAUGAAUGCUUUUAAUCAGUGUAUGAGAUUGUAAAUGGAGGAUUGUUUAUAUUUUAUAUUUAGUUCAUUUUUGUAUUUCUAGAGUAAUAUGGAUGCUAGUUAUGAUAAAAUAUUGAGACAUGCUACGAAUAGUAUUGACGAAAUUGACAAUGAUGAGAUGAAGAGCGGACCCGGCAAUCCUUAACAAUAAAGGCUGAGAUACUUAUU